AUGAUUUCGCCAGGCAGAGCAACAGCCAAAAUGUCCACCAGCCGAAAGCACCGGGAUUUUGUGGGGGAGCCUAUGGGCGAGAAGCCUGUCAGCUCUCUGGCCGGGAUUGGAGAUGUGCUUGGCAAGAAGCUGGAAGCCAAAGGCUUUCAUAAGGCUAGUGAUGUGUUCGGGCAGUUCCUGGUGCUGAAGAAGGACGAAGACCUCUUCCGUGCGUGGCUGAAAGACACAUGUGGUGCCAGCGCCAAGCAAUCCAGAGACUGUUCCGGCUGCCUGAGGGAAUGGUGCGAUGCCUUCAUGUGA